AUGCCUCAGAACGACUACAUCGAAGAGCACAUCCGUCGACACGGUCGUCGUCUCGAUCAUGAGGAGCGUCAGCGCAAGCGCGCCGCUCGUGAGGUGCACAAGGCCUCGGCUGUGGCUCAAAAGGUCACCGGUCUCAAGGCCAAGAUGCUCAACAAGAAGCGACGCAACGAAAAGAUCCAGAUGAAGAAGACGCUCAAGGCGCACGAGGAGCGCGAUGUCAAGCAGGCAUCCACGUCAUCCGAUCCCAACCAGGCGCUGCCCACCUAUCUGCUCGAUCGUGAAGGGCAAAAGGAUGCAAAGGCGCUCUCUUCGGCAGUCAAGGAGAGGAGGAAGGACAAGGCGGCACGCUACUCGGUGCCGUUGCCACAGGUGCGCGGUAUCGCCGAAGACGAGGCAUUCAAGGUCAUCAAAACCGGCAAACGCAAGCAAAAAGGCUGGAAGAGGAUGGUCACCAAACCCACUUUCGUUGGCGAGAGCUUCACACGCAAACCCCCCAAGCUCGAACGCUUCAUCCGACCCAUGGGAUUGCGAUACAACAAAGCCCACGUCACCCACCCCGAACUCAAAGCCUCGUUCAAUCUCCCCAUCGUCGGCGUAAAGAAGAACCCCCAGAGUCCGCUCUAUACCCAACUCGGCGUUCUCACCAAAGGUACGAUCAUCGAAGUCAACGUUUCCGAGCUCGGAAUGACCACCACCACCGGCAAGGUCGUCUGGGGCAAGUACGCCCAGGUCACCAACAACCCGGAGAACGAUGGCUGCGUCAACGCGGUUCUCCUCCUUUCGUCUUGA